ACUGCAGCGGCAGGGUGCGUAGCAGUGUUGCAAUGGCGAGCAGGAAAACUAUACGCUCCAAGCAAAACGACCGGGAUAAAUAUUCAGUAUUGUUGCCAACUUACAACGAAAGGGAAAAUCUUCCUUUGAUUGUUUGGCUUUUGGUGAAAUAUUUUGAUGAAAGUGGUUACAAAUACGAGAUUAUCAUCAUUGACGACGGAAGCCCAGAUGGUACAUUAGCGGUGGCGGAACAACUGCAAACAAUCUAUGGAGACGACAAAAUACUUCUUCGACCACGGGCGUCGAAAUUGGGCCUCGGCACUGCAUACAUCCACGGCAUGAAGCACGCCAGUGGAAACUUCAUCAUCAUCAUGGAUGCUGAUCUGUCCCAUCAUCCCAAAUUCAUCCCAGAAUUUAUAGAGAAGCAGAAGGAGGGUGAUUACGAUUUGGUGUCUGGCACUCGAUAUCGAGGCAACGGGGGCGUCUACGGUUGGGACCUGCGCAGGAAGCUCAUCAGCCGAGGUGCCAACUUCCUGACUCAGGUGCUGAUGAGGCCUGGCGCAUCUGACCUCACCGGCAGCUUCAGACUGUACAAGAAGAAUGUCCUAGAGAGCCUGGUGGAGCGCUGCGUGUCCAGAGGUUAUGUCUUCCAAAUGGAGAUGAUCGUCCGUGCCAGACAGCUCAAUUACACCAUCGGAGAGGUGACACACACACACACGCCGAGUAUACAUGUUCCCAUCUCCUUCGUAGAUCGCGUCUACGGCGAGUCCAAACUCGGAGGGAACGAGAUUGUGUCGUUUGCAAAAGGACUGCUUACACUUUUUGCCACCACAUGAUAACCCAGGACGUAGUACACUCAUCAUAUAGUAUCACAAAUACUGCUGACUCUGUCAUACUGAAUAGAUGGUGGAAGGACUGCAGAGCUUCCCCUGUUGGUAGUAAAUAGAUCAUGCUUUCAUCAUAGUACAUCUGUCUAUCUAUGGAAUAUUUUCUAUACACACACACUAUGUUUGACCUGUGUAUACAGCUGUGUAUUUUUAUGGUCAGUAGCCAACUGUAGAACACGUAUAAAGCCACACAUGGACAACUUACAGUAUACAAUGUGUGUAGUGUGCAUGUUUUGGAAAUGUGAGGAGGAAUAAGCCCACACAAGCCCGGGGAGAUCAUGCAAGCUCAACACACAUGUUCCAACAGAGCCUGAGAGGCUGGCCAUUUGUCCAGCCUGGUGCACUGUGUCUCAUCAUUCCCAAUGUGCAGUAUGGACUAACAGAAAUCAUUCUGGAGUAAACAAUGCAUGUUUUUCAAAGACACCACUAGCACACUUACACUAGCAUCUUAACAUAUUAUUAUUGUUCUUAGAGAUUAAAAUAGUCAAAUCUU